AGACCUCGUUAUGAUCAAGAAACUUGAAAAAAUAAUUGUGGAUUUACUCUUCCUCCACCUCUCACUUUACCUUCAACAAUAGGUAUCUAGGGUAAUUAAUUACAAGUCAACAGCUAUCACUGAAUCAUUCAUUAGCAUCAUGGCAACUUUCCUGGCCCGUAGCGCAUUCCGCGCUGUUUCUCACACCCCACGUCUAGCUUUUCCUAAAGCUUUCCCUAAAGCUACCACUUCUCCAAUCGCCUUGAAGUCCUCGGCUCAAGGACAAGGUCCGGCCUCGCGCCGUUUCUUAGCCUCGUCGUCGUCGUCAUCUUCUAUCCCCUCAGAGCAGCCCCGUCUACGACUCGGUAGCGAGGCUCCCAACUUCCAAGCCAAGACAACGCACGGCGAUAUCGAUUUUCACCAAUGGCUCGGCGGUUCCUGGGCCAUCCUAUUUUCGCAUCCGGCUGAUUUCACGCCGGUAUGCACGACCGAGCUCGGAGCAUUCGCCCGGCUCGCCCCGGAGUUCGAACGGCGUGGUGUCAAGAUGAUCGGCCUCAGCGCCAACGACCUGUCGUCGCACGAGCGCUGGAUCGCCGACAUCAACGAGGUGUCGUCUACGAACCUCCAGUUCCCCAUCAUCGCCGACGCCGACCGCCGCGUCGCCUUUCUGUACGACAUGGUGGACGCCCAGGACCUGAGCAACAUCGACGAGAAGGGCAUCGCCUUCACCAUCCGCUCCGUGUUCAUCAUCGACCCCCAGAAGAAAAUCAGACUUGCCAUGAUGUACCCCGCUAGCACGGGUCGCAACACUGCCGAGGUCCUGCGCGUCAUCGACUCGCUGCAGACUGUCGACAAGAAGGGUGUCACGACGCCUGUCGAUUGGCAUCUUGAGGACGACGUCAUUGUGCCGCCUAGUGUGAGCACCGAAGACGCCAAGAAGAAGUUCGGUGACGUGAGGGAGGUCAAGCCGUAUUUACGAUACACCAGAAUCUGAGCGCCUAGGGAUCGACAUCACCAUACAUAGGAAAGUAAGCGACUCGGGUUUAAUGCCGGAUCCGCAGGGGAGAUGGAUAUAUCGACAUAUUAUGGUCUCGUUGGGUUGGUCAUUGUAGCUUUAUAAUAAUCACGAUCACGAUUUGAUGAAAAGGAAAACCUAAGUGUAAGGUGGGGGGGGCAGACUCUUUAAGAGGUGUAUAUCCUGUGGUUUCUACUUAUCCUUGUACACUUCU